AUGAGCUCAAGUCCUAAUUCAAAUUUGCCCGAUCCGACUGCAGACCUCUCCUGGUCGGAUUUCAAGGGCCCAAUCCACGAGAUCUUCGCUGCGAAUGCGCGAAGACACCCCGAUCGACCAUGCGUCGUCGAGACAGCUACAACCAAGGCGGCUGAGAGGCGCUUCACCUACAAACACAUCUUUGAGGCCACAUCGGUUUUAUCCCAUCACUUUGUGCAGCAAGGUAUCCAGCGCGGAGAUGUAGUCAUGAUUUUCGCCCACCGAGGCGUUGAUCUGGUCGUUGCUAUCAUGGCCGUACUAGCUGCAGGUGCUACAUUCAGCGUCCUAGAUCCACUAUACCCCCCGGACCGCCAAUGCAUCUACCUCGAAGUCUCCAAGCCUCGGGCCCUCGUGGUCAUCGAUAAAGCAACCAAAGAGGCCGGCCCGAUCUCCGAGCAGGUCCGUACUUAUAUCGCGGAGAACCUGGAUUUGAAGACAGAAGUGCCAGGGUUGCGAUUGAACGAUGAUGGUACACUUGUGGGAGGCCUUGUGGGCGACAGAGAUGUGCUCGAUGAGCAGCAGAAGUUGAAAUCGGAACUCCCCGGCGUCCUGGUAGGACCAGACUCAACGCCCACACUUUCAUUUACAUCAGGAUCCGAAGGAAAACCCAAGGGUGUAAAGGGCCGACACUUCUCAUUGACACACUACUUCCCCUGGAUGGCGGAGACGUUCAAUUUGUCGGAUCAGGAUAAAUUCACCAUGUUGUCUGGAAUCGCCCACGAUCCUAUCCAAAGAGAUAUCUUCACACCUCUUUUCCUUGGUGCUCAGCUACUGGUUCCCAGCAAGGAAGAUAUCCAACACGAGCUUCUUGCGGUCUGGAUGCGAAGACAUGGUGCUACUGUAACCCACUUGACUCCCGCCAUGGGUCAAAUCCUGGUCGGUGGAGCUUCUGCGGAGUUCCCAAGCUUGCACCAUUCAUUCUUCGUUGGCGAUCUGCUCAUCAAACGGGACUGCAGGCGAUUGCAAAACCUUGCACCCAACGUACGAAUUGUGAACAUGUACGGAACAACUGAAACCCAAAGAGCUGUGAGCUAUUACGAAGUGCCAAGUCGUAACGAGGCGCCUGAGUUCCUUGAUUCUCUUGGAGAAGUUAUCCCAGCUGGCCGCGGAAUGACAAAUGUUCAACUCCUUGUUGUUGAUCGAGAAGACAAGAACAAGAUCUGUGAGGUCGGAAAGAGUGGUGAAAUCUAUGUUCGAGCUGGUGGUCUCGCAGAGGAGUACCUUGGUCUCCCUGAUCUUACCGCUACCAAGUUCGUUAACAACUGGUUCGUAGACCCGGCCAAAUGGGUAGAAGAGGACAAGAAGCGAGUAGAGAGCCAGGGAGCGGCCGAGCCGUGGAGGGAGUUCUGGAGAGGUCCCCGAGACAGAUUGUACCGAUCAGGAGAUCUUGGUCAUUAUGGACCUGACGGAAAUGUCCACUGUACAGGACGAGUGGACAACCAGGUCAAGAUCCGCGGAUUCCGUAUUGAGCUUGGCGAGAUCGAUUCCCAUUUGGCUGCUCAUCCGCUGGUACGCGAGAAUGUAACACUUCUCAAGCGUGACGCGUAUGAAGAGCCUACACUGGUCAGCUAUAUCGUUCCUGAAAUGAAGCGCUGGUACCAAUGGCUUGAAGAGCGCGGAGCAAAGGAUGAUUCUCAAGACACGAGUCUAGUGGGCCUUCUCAAGCGAUUCAAAUAUCUUCGAGAUGACGUUAGAGAGCACCUCAAGAAGAAGCUCCCGGCUUAUGCCGUGCCAUCUGUGAUUGUUCCUUUGCAGCGAUUCCCUCUCAAUCCCAAUGGAAAGAUCGAUCGUCCGGCUUUGCCAUUCCCCGAGCCGCAGCAGCUGGCAGCGGCAGGAGCUAGACGUCCUUCGCAGCUUGGAAAGGCCUUGACUGAAACCGAGAAGAAAGUUGCCGAAAUAUGGGCAGAGCUCCUUGGAGAUCGAGGCGUGACUGCAGAAAGCAUUAGCGGAACCGAUUCUUUCUUCGACCUUGGAGGUCACUCCAUCAUCGCCCAACAGCUGUUCUUCAAGAUUCGCAAGCACUUUAAAGACAUUGGCCUGCCAAUGUCAACCAUUUUCCAAUUCCCCACCCUUCGAGGAUUCAGCGCAAACAUUGACCAGAGUUUGGACCCCAUCGGUCUUCGCUUGGACACCGGUGAAGCGAUCGAAGACGAACCAGAAGACGAAGAUUACAGUGCCGACGCACGCGAUCUCUGCAAGGAACUGAGUAAUUUCAAGACGAGGGGUCCUUUGGCUCCAGGAGAGGAGAUCCACACUUUCCUUACAGGUGGUACUGGCUUUUUAGGUGCAUACAUCUUGCGGGAUCUCCUACCCAGGGGCAAGGUCACUGUCCUCGUUCGCGCAAAAGACGCCGAUGGAGCCUUGUCACGUAUUCGAGAUACAUGCCAGGCUUACGGCAUUUGGGACGAUGCUUGGACUUCCAAGAUCCAGGCCGUUGUUGGAGAUCUCGAGAAGCCUAACUUCGGACUGUCCCCAGACACCUGGAAUUCGUUGGCCGACUCCGUCGAUGUAGUCAUUCACAAUGGCGCUUUGGUCCACUGGGUGCUUCCUUACUCCAGACUCCGAGCUCCCAAUGUUCUCAGCACAGUCACCGCUUUGUCGCUUUGCUCUGCGGGCAAGGCCAAGAAUUUCGGUCUCGUCAGCUCCACAUCUGUCCUCGAUUCCGAUCACUACGUGAAGAAGGGCCUCGUCCAGGAGUCUGAUGACCUCGAAGGCUCGCGCAAGGGUCUCGGCACCGGUUACGGCCAGUCCAAAUGGGCAGCCGAAUACCUCACCCGUCAAGCCGGCCUCAAAGGUCUCUCUGGCACCGUGAUCCGACCCGGAUACGUCACCGGUGAUCCCACAACCGGCACGACGAACACCGACGACUUCCUCGUCCGUAUCCUCAAGGGCAGCAUCCAGCUACGCUCCCGCCCCGACAUCUCCAACACCAUCAACAUGGUCCCCGUCACACACGUCGCUCGCGUCGUCGUCGCUGCCUCCUUCUCGCCUCCCGUAUCCCCCAUCGGAGUCGCGCAAAUCACCUCCCACCCGCGCAUCACGAUCAACGACUUCCUAGGCGCCCUGGAAACCUACGGAUACCAGGUCCCCCAGGUCGACUACAGCGAGUGGAAGAAGUCAAUGGAGGCUUACGUGGCCGGCGCCGCGCCAUUCGAAGACGCAACAGAGGACCAUGCACUGCUGCCCCUCUACCAUUUCGUCACUGGAGAUCUUCCUGCCGACACCAAGGCCCCCGAGCUCGACGAUGUGAACGCCGCCAGCGCCCUCAAGAAAGAUGAGGCGUGGACCGGUCAGGACUGGAGCGCGGGUGGAAAGGUUACUGUCGAGACGGUCGGUGUCUACCUGUCCUACUUGAUCGAGCUUGGCUUCAUGCCUAAGCCUCAGGGCGCGGGGCCGUCGGCUCUUCCACAAUUGAACCUUAGUGCGCAGAUCAGAGAGGGCAUGCAGAGGGUUGGUGGCAGGAGAGGUGUGGCCUAG